CACCACGCCCGCACACUCCCACGCUUGGUCGCUCCCACUUGCACUUAGGGGUAUAGUGUCGACAAACAACUCUAGAGGCAGACUUGGUUUUGCUGUAAUAAUUACCUAAGAAAUCAUAUCUUGUCUCUUUCCUGUCCGCAACAAGCCUCCGCUUGCCGACAACCGUCAACCCGCUAUCGGUCCUUAAAGAGCAGCCAUGUUCUCCUCAAACUUCCAAUUGUUCUUGUCUUCUCUCCAUUCAAUUCACCAACAAGAAGUAACUUGAUUCGCGAUAUCCUCACUUUCUACUCUUGUUGCUUUACUUUACUUUACUUUACCAACUACAACACCGAAUUGACGUCACAUCCCAUCACAAUGUCUCCCCACGCUGAAAAGGCCGUCUCUCGGUUCCAUGCAACCUCUACCGAGAAGGCCAUCGCCAUUGAGGAGGAGUACGCCGCUCACAACUACCACCCUCUCCCCGUAGUCUUCUCCCGCGCUGAGGGCAUCAACGUCUGGGAUCCUGAGGGCCGCCACUACUACGACUUCCUCUCCGCCUACAGCGCCGUCAACCAGGGCCACUGCCACCCCGAACUCGUCAAGACUCUUGCCGAGCAGGCUGGUCGAUUGACCCUCAGCUCCAGAGCUUUCUACAACGAUGUCUUCCCCAAGUGGGCUGAGAAGGUCCGCAGCGUUUUCGGCUACGACAUGGUUCUACCCAUGUGCACUGGUGCUGAAGCUGUUGAGACUGCUAUCAAGAUUGCCCGCAAGUGGGCGUACAAGGUCAAGGGUGUUCCUCAGGAGAAGGCUUGGAUCUUUGGUGUUUCCGAGAACUUCCACGGUCGAACCAUGACCGCCAUUACUCUGUCAGUCGACCCCGAAUCAAGAGAAAAUUACGGCCCUUAUGUCCCCAAUGUUGGUGCUUUCAACCCCACCACUGGCAAGGCCAUUCGAUACAACAACAUUGCCGAUCUCGAGGAGGUUCUUGAGGCUCACGGCAAGGAGACUGCUGCUUUCAUCUGCGAGCCCAUCCAGGGUGAGGCUGGUGUUGUUGUCCCCGAUGAGGAUUACCUCGCCAAGGUCCAGGCUCUCUGCACCAAGCACAACGUUUUGUUCAUCUGCGACGAGAUCCAAACUGGUAUCGGCCGAACUGGACGCAUGCUCUGCUCCCAGUGGGCCAACAUCAAGCCCGAUCUUGUUACCCUCGGAAAGGCCAUCUCUGGUGGUAUGUACCCUGUGAGCUGCGUUCUCAGCAGCAAGGAGGUCAUGCUGGUCGUCGAGCCCGGCACUCACGGUUCUACCUACGGUGGUAACCCCCUGGGCUGUGCCGUCUCAAUUCGCGCUCUUGAGAUUAUGGAAGAGGAGGAUCUUACUGCCAAGGCUGAGAAGCUCGGUAACAUGUUCCGCGACGGUCUCAAGGCUCUCAACACCCCUAUCCUCAAGGUGAUCCGAGGAAAGGGUCUGCUCAAUGCCGUUGUCAUCGACGAGUCCGCCGCCAACGGCCGAACUGCCUGGGAUCUGUGCCUGCUCCUCAAGAGCAGGGGUCUUCUUGCCAAGCCUACUCACGGCGAUAUCAUCCGCUUUGCGCCUCCUCUGGUGAUCAGUGAGGAGGAGCUCCGAAAGGGUCUCGAGAUCAUUUCUGAGGCUAUCAAGGAGCUUCCCAAUGUUGAGCGAGCCAAGGGCCACUAGACGCGGCCUAAACUUUAAGAUAUGGAUAUGAUGGGAAAACAAGGGAAAACGGCGUUUGUUAUCUAUAAAUAGGCACGGGUAUUAUGCUCGGAAACCAUAGCGGGAUGAUUGAUGUAUGUUCGAACUGCAUAACCAGAGAACAGCACUCUGGUCGGCGUUUGGGAUUCCAUGUCGGCUAGAAAGCCUUGUACAAGUUGAAUACCCCGAUUGAAUAAAAAUGCUGAAAUGAUCUAUCUGUCACUCUGCCGUACACGCCGUUACCUCCAGAUAAUUGACAAUGGAAGACUUGCCUAGCGUAGCUUUAGGUGAGGAAGAUAUGAUGCCC